CUGAUCAUUUGAUAGCAGACGAUCAAUAAUGUACCACGUGAUUUGUGAAAUGGAAGGCCGUGUAUUUAACAUACCGUUGACUAAUUCAAACAACUUUUAUUCAGAGACUGUCUAUGAAUGGAAGUGAACCUAGGUUGUCACCUGUUAUUGAAACUAAGACAUACAAACAUUUAAUGGAAAUAUUGAACUAAGACUGAUGUGAACGGUAGAAGUCUGACAAAAAGUUAUAAUUUAGACUUUUUACUUAUUUUGUAACGGAAAACAGGAUAUUAUACAGUUAGAAAUGUCAACAAGUUUAUUUAAACAACAUAGAACAAUAGACAAUCUUCAGGUCAUCAAUAUUUGAGUAUGAAUAGGAAUUGCAUAACUUUAUGGCCCGUGACUCAGGUCAUUUAUAAAUAUCAGUGUGUACAUCAUGAUAUGGAAGUUUAAUCAAAGUCUGCUAACAAUACAUGGUAAUGAAGUGUAUACAAAUAUUCCAUUGAACAGUAAAAUUAAAGGUACGCUCCGUGAUACAUAGAAAGAAAGUGAAAAACAAAUUAAACUUUCUUUCUGGUCAACGGUAUAAUUUAAUUUAUUUUAUUUUAUUGAAAUCCUCCAACGUGUCUUUAUUUAGAUCUAAAGAUAAACUUUGAUCCUGAGCCAAUGUUAACAACGAUGAGAUCCAGCGAAGCAAUUCCCCAGUCUUUUGUUAGACCCAAGUUAAAUCAACGUCAACAUAUGCAAGUACAGCCAUUAUGGAUGCGAGUUCUAGAGGAAAAAUAUCAGAAGCUACAACUUAAAAUUGCACAAAGUACUGCUACAAUGAAUGGAUUAUAUAACUCUACGAUAGGCAGAUCUAUAUACGAUACUAAACUUGUACGAUCAUCACUUCAAAGAACGAAAGAACAACGUCGGAGUGGUAAAUAUGAAUUAAAAUCCACUAGGAUUUCAGCAACACAAAUAUAUACCGGUGGCGAGACAAAACACAAGACAAGUAAUAUAUACAGUGAAUUCAACGAACGUUCAAACAGCGAUGACGAAUAUGUCAACACGUUUGAUAAGGGAACGAAAAUUAACGAUUCUGGGGUAAGAGUUAGUGAAAUUUUAUGUUUGCGUUACGAUAAGAAUCAGCCAUUUAGAAAAGAUCUGUCAAAGAUUUUAAAACCACAGGAGAAGUCACACAAUUAUAUGGGGAACUACAGCAACAUUGACAAUUCAUCAAAUAAUGUGAAAAAUGCAGAUAUCCCAUCUUCUAGUAUAAAAACUGCAGAAUAUUCUCCUAGUCGUCAUAGUUUAUCUACCAUAAAAACUUCAAAAUCAUGUCCUGUCAAUUUAAUGGAUAGUUGUGUUCAAACAAAAUUUCGCGCAGAAAGUGCAGGUAGAACAAAAAUUAAUAGAAGAAAAAUGAAAAUGUUUUCACGGAUGUCAGCAGAAGCCCAAACAGCAUUGACGGAGACCAUAAUGGAGAACGAUUCCGAAUGGAACUUAGAUUCCGAAGACGAGACUAACACGGCAAUAGAGGAUAACAUAUUCCAAACGGAUGGUGUUCUUUCAAUAGAAGAUAGAACUGAUUGUAAUGAUUCUGAAAUAUCAAUGCCUUCUAGAGAUAGUCGCUCUAUUCAUACCAAACUACCAGAAAUUCCUACAGAAAAUCCAGAUAUUCUGUCCUUACGGCAUAUCAAAUCAACUGAUGGAAAAGUUGGCAAAUAUCCAUUCCCAUCAAAACGAGAGACAACGUUCGAAAUAACCCCCCCAGGAUUUGACAUUCGUUAUAGAGAUGCCCCGAUCAGGGAGGAGAGAGAGUCGGAAACACCUCCGCCUGAUAUAAGGGACAGGGCUAUUAGAAAAUGUGAAGACUGGUUAACUCGUUAUACUCCUAGAACACCGAGACCAAGUCAAACAUCUCAAUAGAUGUGGGUAUGACAUCAUAGUGAAUUAUUCCAAAUAUCAGGCUAAUGUUCUUAUCUUUGUUUUGUAAAUGUACGUCUCUUUUUCCGGAUACUACACAAGUUAUAAAUCAUACAUUGUAUUCUAUUAAGAAGAACAUAAUACUAUCAGAUCAAUCUUUGGAAAAUUGAAAACAUUGAUAAUCACUGAGUGUAUGACAGGACGGGUCAAAUUGACAUGGUAAGAUAUAUCUUUUAAAACGCUUGUGAAACCCGAUCAUGUACAAAUUACUGUGCUAUGUUCCAAGAAGAAUGUAAGUCAUUAACUGGAAUCACUUACAAUAUUUUUCUUAUUUUAUUUACGUUUUAGCAAUUGGAAAGUCUGUUCGUAUUUAGCCACUGACCAAUCAUUCUAUGUGUUUGAGUGUGGUGGGAAUGGAGAAGUUUGUCGUUUUUAGUCACCGACCAAUCGUUUUAUGUUUUGUGUAUUUUUUUAUAAGUAAAUUGUUUUAUUCCACAUUUCUUUUAAACAAAAACCUUCGAAGGCAGGUAAAAAAAAUCCUUCGAAGGCAGGUAAAAAAAUCCUUCGAAGGCAGGUAAAAAAAGUUUUCUGCAAUAAUUUUGAUCAUUUUGUUUACAUUGAAAGUUGAAAAUAUAAAAAAAAACAGACAGCAAUGAUUUUGAAAAAUAUCUCCUGUUUCUGUAUGUAUGUUAUAAUUUAAAAAAAGUAGUUUGCAUUUUAUUUGAGUUUUAAAAAAGAAUAGAGGAAAGCAACUCGUGUCACCAUUAAAAAACAAUAUGAUAUAUUGAUAUGGAGUUAAGUAUUGCCGUUCAAUGUGUUCUGUUUCUAGAGUAAUAAAAACACUUAAAAUCAAAAAGAUAUACAUGUGUACAUAAAUUAUUCAUUUAAUGAAAACAUUCAGGGAUUGCAAAUAUACAGAAAACUGUGUUUUUUUUUACUUACACAGAGUACAUUUUGAAGAAUGCACAAUCCGCUCUCAGCCAAUCCGUCCCAAAAGUAUACUUAACUGUGAUAUGUAUAUAUAUAUAUUUUUUAGCAUUUAUGAAGCAUGUAAAGUGCUGGUUUUAUUACGCACGUUGUUAUUUUUUUAAUGUUAUAUUUUAGAUUAAUUUAUUAAAAAUAAUGAAACUAU